AUGGUCAAGGAGACAAAGUUUUACGAUCUUCUCGAGGUCACGCCAACCGCUUCGGAAGCCGAGCUCAAAAAGGCCUACCGCAAGAAGGCAUUGAAGGAGCACCCAGACAAGGGCGGCGACCCGGAAAAAUUUAAGGCGAUCACAGCAGCAUACGAAAUCCUCUCGGAUCCUGACAAGCGCGAUCUUUAUGACCGAUUUGGUGAGCAGGGUCUCGAAGGCGGAGGAAUGGGUGGAGGCAUGGAUCCUCAGGAUCUCUUCUCGCAGCUGUUCGGUGGCGGCGGUGGCGGUUUCUUCGGCGGUUCAGGUGGACGUCCCCGCGGCCCUCGCAAGGGUAAAGAUCUCGUCCACCGUGUCAAGGUCUCGCUCGAGGAACUUUACGUAGGAAAGGUCACCAAGCUUGCUCUCCAGAAGCACGUUCUCUGCAAAAAGUGUGACGGUCGCGGUGGCAAGGAAGGCGCUGUCAAGACCUGCGGUGGAUGCAACGGUCAGGGUAUCAAGGUAGUCCUCCGACAGCUCGGUCCCAUGGUUCAGCAGAUGCAGCAAACCUGCCCCGAGUGCCAAGGUCUGGGUGAGAUUAUCAACCCUAAGGACCGCUGCAAGGAGUGCAACGGCAAGAAGAUCAACCAAGAGCGCAAGGUGCUCGAGGUCCGCAUCGACAAGGGCAUGGAGGAUGGCCAGCAGAUCACCUUCAAGGAAGAGGCCGACCAGGCACCCAACACCAUCCCAGGCGACGUUGUAAUUGUCAUCGACGAAAAGCCACACCCGCGCUUCAAGCGCAGAAAGAACGACCUCUUCAUUGAUGUCGAGGUCGACCUGCUCACCGCCCUUGGUGGAGGCAAGAUCCUGAUCGAGCACCUCGACGACCAUGCCCUUUCCGUUGACAUCCCCGCCGGUGAGGUCAUCAAGCCUGGCGACGUCAAGGUGCUCCGUGGACAGGGCAUGCCUAGUUACCGACACCACGAACUCGGAGAUCUCUACGUCAACCUCAGCGUGGCUUUCCCAGAGACCAUCGACAUUGACAACAUUCCUCUGCUCGAGAAGGCGCUCCCACCACGCAACGCGCUGCCCAAGACCAAGAAGGAGAUCGACGUCGAGGAUGUUCAGAUGGACGAGCUCGACGAGCGAGAGGCUCGCAACGUCAAGCCCAACGGCGCCGGCAGUCACCCUGGUAUGGACGACGAUGACGAAGAUGGCCAGGGAGCAAGCAAUAUCCAGUGCGCUCAGUCCUGA